UUUUAGGCUCAAGUAUGGCUAAUCUUAAAAACUUUGUCAUGGAGGAAGCAGAUCGCCAGUUUUCAUCACAAGAGGAUGGUAUCGACAGUAACAAGAUGGAAAAUUUUUACAACAGUGCUCUCUCUUCUAUUAAACAGUUAAGAGAGAUGUUAACGAUUUCUUUCAAUAAACAUCAUCAAGAACAUUUUUGUGAAUGUCUACUCUAUUCUGAUGUUUUGACUUUACUCGACUCAAAACCUUCCCUGCAGUUCAAGUCUGUUGUUGGAGUCAUUCAUAGCGGUCCAAAGACAGCACAGACAAUAAUAAAUAUUUUACAUGUUAUCCAACAAGACUGCAUUUAUGUUCCUAUAUCCAUUUUUGAUUCUAAACUCCAAACUUGUGAUGAAAUUGUUGUCAGUGUUGAAGAGUGUUCGCUAUCAAGGAGCUCUUUUCCUGGACAUCAACCUGUAAAAAGACACAAAGGCAGAGACGAGUUUUGUAGCCCAUGUUUGGAGACUCUAAUAGAGCAUUGCCAUUACUGUGCAUCUUGGGUACGGCUUGCCAAGAAACUUAAUCGAUGUAAGGUCGACUUUUGCUUGGUUGAUGAAACCGCUUUUAUGUUAUUACCUCAUAUACCUGCAGCUGAAACUAUGCUAGUAACAAUUAGCGUUUCAAACCCAUCCUGUACUCAUGGUUAUAAGGAGAAACAGUCUAUAGUCGUGCCUCAUCAGGAUCUAGCAUAUAUUUUUACAACAUCGGGCACAACUGGCGUACCUAAGUCGGUCUCAGUUCCAAACUCAUCUAUUAUACCAAAUAUUAUUAACUUUCAUGAAACGUUACAACUGAAGACUUCAGAUAAAGUUUUAUCGUGCUCUCCAUUGACAUUUGAUCCUUCAAUCAUUGAAAUAUUUUUGACAGUGUUGGCUGGGGCAUCUUUUGUUUUCGUUGAGGGGGAGAUUAGUGAUCCUAGAACACUCAGUAAACACAUAUCUGAGGCAACUGUAUUACUGUGUACACCUUCUCUACUAAGCAUUCUUCCUGAUCCUAUAAGUAAAAGACUAAAGAACCUUAGAAUUCUUGCACUGGGAGGUGAAAUGUUUCCUUUGGGCCUGAUCAAUGAGCACUACUGCAAAACAUCAUCAUCAAAGCAAUGUAACAAACAAUUGAGAAUAUUCAACUUCUAUGGUAUUACUGAACAAUCCUGUUGGAGCUUCAUCCAUGAGUUCACCAGGAACGAUAUCAAUUUACAAAAUGUCCCUCUUGGAGAACCAGUACCUGGAACAAAGUAUUGUGUAAAAAACGGCGAACUGUUUCUGGGAGGUGAUAGAAAGUGUUACAUUGAUGAAAAGUUGGCACCAGAAUGGUAUGCAACUGGCGAUAUGGUACUGGUUAAGGAUGGGAGAUUGUACAUUUCUGGUCGAAUUAACAGAGAUCAAGUGAAGAUCAAUGGCAAGAAGAUCUGCAGGGUGGUUAUACAGAGAACCAUCAAAGAAAUAUUCAGUAUUGAAUCACAUGUCAAAUUCAUUAACAAUCGGGUGUACUUGUUCCUAUUUUCUGAUUUAGAUCUGCCAGAGUAUAAACUGAGAUCUGAACUGAAAAAAGUUUUACCACCUCACUACAAGUUUGACAGAAUUAAGGUUGCCUCUGAUAAGAUCCCUAUGACCUUGCAUCUUAAGAUUGACGAGGAAAAGUUAUGUUGUGAUGUUUUGACUCUUGAGCUCACGGAAACUAACUUGAAUAAUACUGUAAGAGAAUUCCUGAUGUUGAGAGGCUACUGCUCAUACGAUUCCUGUCAAAUUCUCGUCAACUUAGGACUCGACUCACUCGACAUGAUGCAGCUUUCAAAUUAUUUAUUGGAUAUUUUCCCAACCCUUGCCUUAUCUUCAGACCCAGAUUCUUUGCUCCAAACCCUGUUUAUUUGCCCACUUGACCGACUAUGGGAAACUCUGCCAAAACAGGUUACACCAAAAGACACACAAGUUCCAUACGACAAAACGAACAAAUUAACAGUAAUAUCCAGAGCAAACCUAAGUCUCUGUGUUGACUCCUCCCCAGUAGUGUUCACUACAAGCACCGGUUUAGUACGUUACUGUGUUGGGUCCCACUCAGGGGUCCUCUUCUGUGGUACAAUCCCGGAGUCUACAGAGAUUUGGAGAUGUCAGCUUCCAGACAGGAUAGAAUCCUCCCCCUGCUUCUUACUGUCACGUGUCUACGUGGGGUGCUAUGACGGGUCUAUCUACGUUGUUAGUUCAGAUACUGGGACUAUAGAGUAUAGUGUUAGAACGGGAGAUCAGGUCAAGUGUUCUCCCUCCACUGACACUUCUGGAAGUGGAUCUGUUUACUGUGGUUCCCACGACGGUAAAUUGUAUAAAGUGUCACCUCAGCUGGAUCAGGGCUCAACCAACUUCGUGACCAAAUCUGUGGAAAUAGACAAUAAACCCAUUUCAGCUUCUGUACUUGUUCUUUCGUCAGUUCUGGUGGCUUGCAGUCUGUCAGGAAAAGUAACUACCUUAAACAAAAAGCUUGAUCAUCUGUUUUCGAACCAGUUUAAAGCUCCCAUAUUCAGCUCACCUGUGAGUUCAACUGACGAAUCUUCCAUAUUUAUAGCCUUAGUAACUGGUGAUGUUUUAAAGUUAUCUACAAUAGACUUGUCAGUUCAGCAGAAGAUAACUACAAAUGGACUAAUCUACUCAAACCUGGUACUUGACGACGGUAAGCUCUACAUAACUUCACACGACCACCUGCUACACUGCUACCCUGACAGUCUCCCUGAACACCAGGACUGGAGCUGUAACACACCCCACAAAGUAUCCUCAUCACCUGCUCUGGUCGGGGACUCUGCUAUUCUGUUAAGCUCCACUGAUGGGACAGUGUCUGUGGUGGAAGUGAAGGACGGGCAGUGUAUCAGCAGUUUCGCUCUUCCAGGCAAGUGUUUCUCUUCUCCGAGGGUUUGUUAUCUUGGAUCUGAUGUGUAUUGUGUUGUCGGGUGUAGGGAUAACUAUUGUUACGUUUUGAAACUUUGUCUUUGAUAGAACCUUUUUGAGAUAAUUUAUUCUAUUGAGAAAUGAGCUCGUUAUUAUUAUAAUCAGGAGUUUAUAAUUUAUUUUAUGUUCACAUUUUUUUGAAGCGAUCGCGAUGACUAUUGUUCUUGAUUAUGGAUUUUGGGUGGUUUUCAAAAAUAAAUUAUAUUCAACUUUUUUUAUGAAUAUUGUCAUGAUUUUUAAUAUUGUUUUGUAAAU